AGGAAUUCGCCCACGCAGAAGGCAAGCAUCUGGAGGCCCCAGGGUUAUGAGACCAUCACUGUUUGGGAUCGUCUAACAACAGGAAACGGAAAUAUGACCAAAUCGUACAGCGAGAGCGGACUGAUGGGUGAGCCUCAGCCCCAAGGUCCUCCAAGCUGGACAGACGAGUGUCUCAGUUCUCAGGACGAGGAGCACGAGGCAGACAAGAAAGAGGAUGAGCUCGAAGCCAUGAAUGCUGAGGAGGACUCCCUGAGAAACGGAGGAGAGGAGGACGAGGAAGAUGAGGACCUCGAAGAGGAGGAGGAAGAGGAAGAGGAGGAGGAUGAUCAAAAACCCAAGAGGCGGGGCCCUAAGAAGAAGAAGAUGACCAAGGCACGUCUGGAGCGUUUUAAACUGAGGCGCAUGAAGGCCAAUGCCCGGGAGCGGAACCGCAUGCACGGGCUGAACGCGGCUCUGGACAACCUGCGCAAGGUGGUGCCCUGCUACUCUAAGACGCAGAAGCUGUCUAAAAUCGAGACGCUGCGCUUAGCCAAGAACUAUAUCUGGGCUCUGUCAGAGAUCCUGCGCUCAGGAAAAAGCCCUGACCUCGUCUCCUUCGUGCAGACGCUCUGCAAGGGCCUGUCUCAGCCCACCACCAACCUGGUGGCGGGCUGCCUGCAGCUCAACCCUCGGACUUUUCUGCCUGAGCAGAACCAAGAUAUGCCCCCGCACCUGCCCGCGGCCAGCGCUUCCUUCCCCGUCCACCCCUACUCCUAUCAAUCUCCAGGGCUGCCCAGCCCGCCCUACGGUACCAUGGACAGCUCCCACGUCUUCCACGUCAAGCCGCCGCCGCACGCCUACAGCGCCGCGCUGGAGCCCUUCUUCGAAAGCCCCCUGACUGAUUGCACCAGCCCUUCCUUUGACGGACCCCUCAGCCCCCCGCUCAGCAUCAACGGCAACUUCUCUUUCAAACACGAACCAUCCGCCGAAUUUGAAAAAAAUUAUGCCUUUACCAUGCACUAUCCUGCAGCGACUCUGGCAGGGGCCCAAAGCCACGGAUCAAUCUUCUCCGGCGCUGCUGCCCCUCGCUGUGAGAUCCCCAUAGACAACAUUAUGUCUUUCGAUAGCCAUUCACAUCAUGAGCGAGUCAUGAGUGCCCAGCUCAAUGCCAUUUUCCAUGAUUAGAGGCACGUCAGUUUCACCAUGCCCGGGAAACGAACCCACUGUGCUUACAGUGACUGUCGUGUUUACAAAAGGCAGCCCUUUUGGUACUACUGCUGCGAAGUGCAAAUACUCCAAGCUUCAAGUGAUAUAUGUAUUUAUUGUCGUUACUGCCUUUGGGAGAAACAGGGGAUCAAAGUUCCUGUUCACCUUAUGUAUUAUUUUCUAUAGCUCUUCUAUUUUAGAAAAAAAAUAAUACUACAGUAAAGUUAAAAAAAAUGUGCACCACGAAUUGGUGUAGCUCUAUUCAGAUCAUAUUCAUUAUCUGAUCGGGAUAACAAAAAUCGCAAGCAAUAAUUAGGAUCUAUGCAAUUUUUAAACUAGUAAUGGGCCAAUUAAAAUAUAUAUAAAUAUAUAUUUUUCAACCAGCAUUUUACUACUUGUUACCUUUCCCAUGCUGAAUUAUUUUGUUGUGAUUUUGUACAGAAUUUUUAAUGACUUUUUUAUAAUGUGGAUUUCCUAUUUUAAAACCAUGCAGCUUCAUCAAUUUUUAUACAUAUCAGAAAAGUAGAAUUAUAUCUAAUUUAUACAAAAUAAUUUAACUAAUUUAAACCAGCAGAAAAGUGCUUAGAAAGUUAUUGUGUUGCCUUAGCACUUCUUUCUUCUCUAAUUGUAAAAA